UUGAGUGCAUGGAUAGGAUGAUCCCCCGUGAAGAGCAUGCUGAUGCUGAUAUUCAGUUGGAUGAAUAUGACAAGAGAAGAGGGGAUUUUGGCUCUCGCCUUGCACUCGAAACCAUGACAAAGCGUUCCCCAGCUGAUUGGUGGGAACGCUUUGGAGAUAGAACUCCACAGCUUACGAAGUUUGCAGUACGAGUUUUAAGCCUCACAUGCAGUGCUUCUAGUUGUGAGAGAAAUUGGAGUACUUUUGAGCAGAUCCACACAAAGAAGAGAAAUCGGCUAGAGCAACAAAAACUCAACUCUCUAGUGUAUGUGAUGUAUAAUAUGAAAUUAAGAGAAAGAAGCAUGAAGAGAAGGGCGGCAAUGGAUCCAAUAUUGGUGGACCACAUUGAAUCAGAUGAUGAAUGGAUUGCUGAGAAAGAAGGUCCUGUUCUCCCAACUAAUCCAUAUUGGCUCGAAGAUCAAAAUAUGGCCUUUGAUAUUAGUGCCAUUACAACUAUUCCGGAGUCUGAUGAUCCAGUUGACAGCAAUGCACCAUCAACAUCUAAUAUUUCUGAAGGAGAUUGCCCCCCACCUUCCUCAAGGAAAAGGAAGGCAACUACUUUAAGUAAGUGUUUAUAGUUAUAGACUAAGUUACAUGAACAUUUUUAACAAAGAAAG